UGAGGACGCCGCCGUGCAGCGUGGGGCAUGGACCCUCCGCGGCUUCCACGCCAACAAUGAUCUCCGCGCGCCCCAACGCCAGGAAUUACCCCAAAAUCCUGCGCUUCCUCCUCCCGCUGGCGAUCAUCUUUCUCUUCAUCUACCUCAGCGCCACCAAGCUUCCAGAUGUCCGCGCGUACGAAUGCGUUGAGGAUGGAAAGCCCUGUGAAGAGGUUCCGACUGCCGCUCGGGCCGGUUCUCACGUGACGGAGUCGCCUCCAUUACAGGUGGAAGCGGUAUUAGACGAGAGAAGCUGCGGGGAGAAUGACUUUCGGAUCGGGCGAAUGCUGAGAUCGUUCCGCUCCUGCGUCACCCGAGACGGCCAGGUCCUGCUGGAGGAAUACCUCAACGGGUGGAGAGAGCUCAUCAAGUUCAUGGACGCCCUGGGCACCGUAUUUACCUUCAUCUCCAGCGAAACCAGGACAAAAAUCAACAUCUUGCAGGGCUACCUCGACGGAGAACACGGCCAGAGCUACAGGACCAUCUCGUCCAUGAUCAGAUAUGAGCUGGACAACGAGGUGGUCAACUUCAAGGAACUCCCUCGCAAUCGAGUGCCCUCCGGGUGUCGGACCCUCUUGCGCAUGCAUCGCGCUCUCAAGUGGUUGGAGGACUUCCUCUACAAGGUCGGCACCAGCCCCGGGCAGGAGAAGACUUCCGAGCUCUGUGCCGAGUCUUAUCACAAGACGCUGGCCCACCAUCACAGCUGGUUCAUCCGACAGGUGGCCGAGGUGGCUUUCUUGGCUCUCCCGCCCCUUGAGAAGAUGUACGAGGUGGUGUGCGUGAAGGACCAAGCCGAGGCCAGAGUUGUCCUUCUGACCACGGUGGACGCCAUAGUUAAAGUGUACAACAUCACUCAAGAACUUUACACAGAUAAUGAAAUGCUUGACCUGCCGUGAAUAAAAUCCGUUCCCCCCCG